ACUCGAUCUUGGAGCCAAGUCGGGAGGCUAAAACUAUACUAUCGAGUACCCGCUGCUUUGUCUGCGCAUUAUUCUGAUUUUCUAAGAGUCAACGGUAUCGAUCUAGGUAGGCCAAUACCGGAUCGACUGGCACAAGCUUGCCAGAACUAGGCCUUGUCCAAAACCAUAGCGAGAUUGCAAUGUCUGGAGUGGAAGUAGCUAGUCUGGCACUGGCAGUGUUACCAGUGUUCAUCUACGCUGCGGAGCACUUGAAAGGAUACGGCAUAAAACAAGAAGAGUUCUUGAUGGACUUGAAGUUUGAAGUUGCCUUCUUGAACAUGAACUUACAGACUGUCGUUAAAAGCCUGGCUGGAAUUCCCGAUGAACGACGCCAGAGACUAUUGUCGAUACAAAAUGCACAAGAUAUGGAAAAUAUAUGGAGAUCGGAGGACAUUGUUCAAGCAUUAAAGAUCCGACUGGACCCAGGCUUUGACUUGUUUCUCGACACCCUAAAGUCGAUUCUUGAACAUCUAGAAAAGCUUCUUGCUAACCUUUCAACUAUGACCCAUCCGAAAGAUUCGAAGGGACCCGAGGACUUGCGUUAUACCUGUGCCAACCUUUACAAGCUUUGCGCUAUCCCUCAGUCUGAUUUGACCCGUUUCGACAAGAUAUUCGCGAUACACAAGCAUAGGAGAAAUAACCGUAUUCUCGAUACCAUUCAGAAAUACAAUGAGAAAUUGGAGAGAAUCAUUCUGCGCUCAUCUAGCAGUUGGUUUGAGCCAACAUCUUCAUCAGAACUUGGAAGACGGCGGAGUCGUCAUCUCAUCGAACUGCGACCUUUGCUGCGUACACUAUAUACCACUUUGGGAGGCCUGUGGCCCUGCGACUGUCCGCAACGGCAUGAAGCCCGACUUUGUCUGCUUAAGUGUCGCGAUUCCGAGGACACGGAACACGAAUAUGUUUAUUUCGAUUUCUUGAUGUCGCUGCGUACUGAGGAAGCCAGCCAGUACUGUAAAUGGGUGGAAGGAAAACUUCGUAUUGAACUAGAGCACACACUUCAAGAAGACUCUACACGCACUGUUCGUUUCCAUCUUGACGACCAAGCUUCCAUGCACAGCUCCACAGUGACAGAGUCACCAACAUCACCUUCAUCUUCUACCCCGCUCAUUCAUAGUGGGCGGAGGCGAUCAAUACGGUUUGCACAGACGAAAAUCGAGCAACUGUGCGAGAUUCUGGCUCUUAGCUAUCGCCAUACAAACUCUCCUGAAAUCCUCUUCGAUGGCUCUUCUCUCUGGCAUGUCACCAGUAGGCGACCAGUACGGAGACAGAGUUUGAAGCAGAGGCUAGGUAUGGAUCAGCCGCUCAUCGACACAUCACUUGCCAUCCUUCUCAGUGGGGAGCGAAAGUUUAGUCUAAGGGACAAGAAAAUCCUGUCGGUAACUCUUGCACACUCGUUGCUCCAAUUCUGUGAAGGCCCUUGGCUCAGCAAAGAGUGGAGCAAAGAGCACAUAUCAUUCCUUCACCAGGGGAAAGACGACCUCCUUGAUCCGGAUCUUCGGAGGCCGUACGUCUCUACACUUUUCCUUGAGAAUGAGAUAGAAGAAACUCCAGACGAGCUGUAUCGAACUCACCCAAAUCCUAGCGUCCUUGCAUUGGGUAUCCUGCUUUUGGAGAUCGAGUUUGACUCGACCAUCGAAAGCAAGCGGCAAGCGGAGGACUAUGGCGACGACGGGCGGCCCACUAUCAAUACAGACCUCUUUGCCGCAUCCCGGUUGCUCAACGACGUCGAAGAGGACGUCUAUAUCAACCACAAGAAUGCCGUUUCUGCUUGCCUUUAUUGUAACUUUUAUGAUGGAGACGACUUUAGUCUGGACAAUCCGGACUUUCGACAGGCUGUGUACGAUAAUAUUGUAGCGCCCCUUGAAGAUGAGCUGUAUCACGCAUAUAAGCUAACAUCUGAUGAUAUUGGUUUAAAUUGAGGCAAAUGAAAUCACAUUGUUUCGUCUCGG